CGCUCCACUUAUAAGGUUCAACGCUCAGCCAACUCAUAUACGUGUUAUUCCAUUUCUGCUUUAAAGCGGUGUGCUUUAAUAUUUUUCACAUCAUAGUUUAUCUUCAUUUGCGGUGAUCCUAUCGUGAAAGGUUAUAGAAGUGAACUUUCAGAUGAGGAUGAGAAUUCAUGGAUAUGUUGGCCUAGUAAUAGGCGUGGUUCUGGCAUUCAGCAACUCUGUUGACGCUAAAAAAGUAGUAUGCUACUAUAGUUCUUGGGCUGCCUAUAGAGAUGCGCCUGUAACCUACAAAGUUGAGAAUAUUCCUGCCUCUAAGUGUACUCAUAUAAUCUAUGCAUUCCUCGGAGUCAACGAAAAUACAUGGCAGGUCAAAAUUUUGGAUGAAUAUCUGGAUGUAACGCUGAACAGUUUGAGGAGGUUCACGGGUCUGAAGCAGAACAAUCCUGGCCUGAAAACAUUGAUAGCGGUCGGUGGGGGCGCAGAGGGGGCUCAGAAAUACUCCAACCUCGUUUCCAGUAAGGAUCGCCGCGAUAUCUUUGUCAGGAGCCUUGUUGACUUCAUAAAACAGUACAACUUUGAUGGCGUGGACAUGGACUGGGAAUACCCGGGAGCCACUGGCAACCCUCAGGAUCGUGACAAUUUUGUGGCACUCAUGCGUGAGAUACGCACCGCUUUCAACCAACAAAAUGGCGGCGCUUGGGAAAUCACAAUGGCCGUCUCCAUUAAUCCACAAAACGUCCAGGCUGGAUACAAUGUGCCUGAGCUUUGCAGAAUAACGAAUGCAGUUCAUGUGAUGACGUAUGAUAUGAGAGGCAACUGGGCCGGAUUUGCUGAUGUACACAGUCCCUUGUACGGUCGACCUCAGGAUCCACCCAACUAUGCCAAAUUCAAUGUGCAAGACGGCACCCAGCUGUGGCUUUCUAUGGGAUGUCCGGCCGAUAAGUUGGUGGUGGGGGUGCCUUGCUACGGCCAAUCGUUCACCCUGACACCUGGUAACACAAACUAUCAGCCCUACACCCCUGCCAUCAUGAACCGAGGCGGAAAUCCGGGACCUUACUCAAAGACGCCUGGCAAUCUGUUCUAUUACGAGAUCUGCACAUAUGUUCAAAAGAAUGGCUGGACUCAGUCAUGGGCUGAUGGAGCAUUUUGUCCCUAUGCUUAUCAAGGUGACCAAUGGGUGGGCUUCGACAACGAGCGGAGUAUUCAGAUGAAGAUGGACUUCAUAAAGCAGAAGGGACUCGCGGGAGCCAUGAUGUGGUCCAUAGAUCAGGACGACUUCACUGGAAUGUGUGGACCCAAGAACCCAAUCAUCAGCACUGUUCACCGCCAUAUGAGAGGAUAGUAACAUAUAAUAUAAAGGCACAGACACACGAGGCGUUUAUUCAGAGGGUUCUCACGAGAGGUGUAAUGGAAAAUCAAAUAAAAACUUUCAUUACGCUUUUAUUGAGAACUUUAAAAUAUUUUAUUAGAUAUUCUUCAAAUAUUUAAAAUAUUCUUAAAAUAUCUUAAAUAUUUUAAAGCUUUUAAUAAAAGUGUACUAAAAGUUUUUAUUUGAAUCAAGUAGCCCAUGUAAGCGAAGUGAUUUUAUGAAAUGGAAAAUCGAAUAUUAUUUUGAUGAAAGUUGCUUAAGUAUCUGAUAAUAUAUCAUACAGAAAACAUAGCAUAAGAGAAUAUCCCAUGAUAGGGCUUUUAUGUUCACAGAUAUCACUGUUAACUCAAGCCGAUACCGUCACAGCUAACUUGGGAGUUUUCAACUUUGACUUGAAAUUCAGUUGGUUCCAUUAUUAUUUUAAAAGUUUAUUUUCUUGUAUCAAUACUCAGGUCUUCAAUAAUACUUCAAAUAUAUACAUUCAAUUUUAUUAUUAUUCCAACCUGUUCUGAAAAAAAU